GGUGGGCCGCAAGAGACUCAUCUGGGCAUCUCUCUCCAUUCAAGUUUUCCAGAAGGGCGAAUGGUGAGCGUGAUGUGCAGUUCAAGGUGUUGUACUGUGGAAUCUGUCACUCGGAUCUUCAUUUCAUCAAGAAUGAUUGGGGCUUUACUUUGUAUCCUACUGUACCGGGUCAUGAAAUUGUGGGUGUGGUAACCAAGGUUGGCAGCAAGGUGGAGAAAGUUAAGGUUGGUGAUAAAGUAGGCAUGGGUGCCCUAGGCGCAUCAUGUCGCAACUGUGAAAUGUGUUGCCAAGAUCUUGAAGCUUACUGCUCAGAGAAAGUAUUCACACAUGGCUCAAUUGACAAGCAUGGAGAACCCACACAAGGUGGCUUCUGUGAUCUCAUGGUAGCUGAUGAGCACUUCCUUUUUUGUUGGCCUGAGAAUUUGCCUAUGGAUGCUGGCGCACCCCUCCUAUGUGCUGGGAUUACUACUUAUAGCUCCAUGAGGGCUUUUGGUGCAAAGGUGACUGUUAUCAGCACAUCUGCUAGUAAACGACAGGAAGCUAUAACAAAACUUGGUGCAGAUGCAUUCCUGGUCAGCAGUAACCCUGAGCAGAUGCAGGCUGCAGCUAGUACUAUGGAUGGUAUUCUUGAUACAGUUUCUGCAAAUCACCCAAUUGUCCAUUUAAUCAAUUUAGUGAAGCCUCUAGGGAAGUUUAUACUGCUUGGUUUACCUGAAAAGCCACCUGAGCUGCCGAUAUUUCCCAUUAUAAUGGGGAGAAAGACAAUUGCUGGUAGUGCCAAUGGAGGCCUAGAAGAAAUUCAACAGAUGAUCAAUUUUGCAGCAGAGCACAAUAUAUUUGCAGAAGUCGAGGUUAUCCCGAUAGACUAUGUCAACACAGCAAUGGAGCGACUUAAAAAAGGUGAUAUCAAAUAUCGAUUUGUCAUCGACAUUGGGAAUUCAUUGAAAUCAGCUUAAGAUGUUCACUUUUUCUUAAAAAAAAAAUUUUUUUAAUGAUUUUUUUGGCCGAGUUUGAGAAUAUAUUAGGAAAAAAUCUGUUCUGUCUUAAUAAUGGCUCACAGUUGACCAUCUUGUCUCCUAGAUUUCAUCUUCGUAUAUGAUGUUUUAAUGUUAAUAUGAAUUAUGUGGAUGCUUCUGCGCCUAUAUUAUAGGCCUGUUUUCGUGUAAUUUAGAGUAUUGAUAUCUCAAGGAAUCGUGGGAUUUGUGAAGUGUUUAGCCUUAUUUUUCAGUGAUUUGUGACGGAAGAUGUUUGUUUUGUCUAUAUUUAUCAGGAUCAUUUUUUUUU